AUUGCGCAACUGCGUUAUGUUUUCGCAGCGUUUUCGUUCAGGGGAUUUGUAGAUUUGUAGUUCUUCCGUGCGUGUGGUUGUGGUGCGGUUAGCCGAGUAAGUGUUGACAAAGUUAACCGUUUUUAGAGCAAUUUUCCGAAACAAGGCCGCAUGCAAUGCAACGUUUUACUGACGCUGCCGUCGACUGUCGCACGCUUGUCUAGCUCGCUUUAGAGUUGUCGCAUGAAACAAGUUAGCAGACCGCGAUUACAAUGAAGGUGGAAGACGUGCUCAGCUGCAAUUUCUCAUCCUGGUACAGCGUUUUCAAAAAUGCUACGAUUACGAGUGUAUGCAUUCCUUUGACGAGCGAGUUCGUGAAGUAUCUUCUCUCCGACGGUGUGGUUCUUCCAGGAAAGGCCCCCUCAUCUCAAAAGUAUGACACAGAUUCGGAUGAUGAGGUCGACUGGUCUGAAGCUGAUGCAGACUCCACAGAGAUCCCCAGUUUCCCAGAGUUGGAGGAAGCGGUGUCUGCCGCCAUCAAACGCCUCGGUGGUCGAGUGUUCCCCAAGUUGAACUGGAGCAGUCCAAAGGAUGCCACGUGGAUUGCCACCAACAACAGCCCUCUGUGCACGUGUUUUGCCGACAUAUGCCUCCUGCUCAAGAGCUCAGACUUCGUCACGCACGACUUGACGCAGCCAUUUAAAGCCUGCACAGACUGGAACAAGGGCACAGACACUGAGAACCUAUUUCAGUACGAGCUUGUCCUCAGAAAGUGGGUGGAAAUUGACCCGAGCACGGAGUUUCGAUGCUUCGUGAAGGACUCUGUUCUGAUAGGAAUUUCGCAACGAGAUUACACGCACUACUACUAUCACAUUGAGGAACAAGAGGCGAACAUUGUUCAGGACAUAAUGUCAUUCUUUCACGAGAGAAUCAAGUCCAAGUUUGCCUCUGCCUCAUAUGUCUUUGACGUAUACAGAAAAAGAAAGGAUGUUGUAAAGCUCCUAGACUUCAAUCCAUUUGGGACGCACACCGACUCCUUGCUCUUUGACUGGGAAGAGCUCGACGACUUCAAGGUUGACCAAGCUGCUGGGUUGCCAGUGUUUCGAUACAUGAAGGAGAACAGGGGCGUGCAACCCAGUCCUUACCGUCACUACGCCCUGCCUCGGGACGUUGUCGACUUGUGUGCCGGUGAAGAUGCGCAAAAGCUCAUUGAUCUCAUGAGGCUGAAACAAGGAGAAGAUUCAACCGACGAAGACGACUGUAACCAGGGCACAAGCUGACGAAGCUGCUGCUUAAAAUGAAAGGAUAUUCGCGAAAAUAAACUUUACACGUUUUU